AUGGGCUAUUCAUCCGCUGGUUUUGCGGCGCAAAAUGCCGCGUGCUCCUCCCAGUAUGGCGCCUUAGCCUACGCGCGAAUGGCUGCAGAAGAGUUUCUUGGUGCAAUUCGGAGCAAUAGAAUUUGGCCCACGAGGCGUGCCAAGAGCCUCGCGGCAGCCACCUUGGGGCUAACGUGCUGCGAGAUUGAGCAGCAAGAGCUUGUGCGCUGGCGUCGGGAAGUGGUGGUGGUUCUGCAAUCUGCCAAGCUGCCUAUGUGUGAGCAAAACCGCUUAGCCUCGCAUCCAGAUGCAGCCAUAGCUGCUGCAAUUGGAGCAGCGCGUGCCACAACUAUCCGGAGCAGAGUGCAUGAGUGGAAGCGAGCUGAGCGUCAUUUUCAUGCUAUUACUGCGCACACAGGGCCUACGCGCGUUGGGGUUCUGUUGGAUUAUUUCCACGAGUGUCGGUUGGAGCCAUGUGCUCGCUCCGUUCCCUCUGCCAUUCUGAAGAGUUCAUCCUUCAUGGAGAAGGCCGGUGGCGUGCCAGAACAGGAUCGUUUUUCUGUGAUGCCUGUCGUGCGCAACACAGUCAACCAGUUCACCAUGGAGCUGGAGAUGGGCGCGCCACCCACGCGCAAGGCGCCAUUGCUUCCUGUGGCGACGGUCUGCAGUUUGGAGCUCGCG